CAUUCUUGGGGCUCGAUAUGUUCGUGAAAUAUUUAUUGCAACGACAUGCACUUACGAAUCGCUAGUGUAGACGCAAAUAAUGUAUAAAAAAAUGUUCGACGUGGCAGCAUCAGUUGCGGUUAGGCCAGCUGUUUUUGACACUUGGCAUUACAAACUUAGCACUCUUGUUAUUGUGGGACGCUAAUCAACUUAUAAUAAUCGCUAAAAUAUUUAAUAAAAUAGUUUUUCGAAAGUAACUUUAACAAUACCUAAAAUACUAACAUGCCGAAAGUCCGCAGAAGUCGCAAACCACCACCAGACGGAUGGGAACUAAUCGAACCUACGCUAGAGGAAUUGGAGCAGAAGAUGCGUGAAGCCGAAACCGAGCCACAUGAAGGCAAACGUAUUACCGAGUCGCUUUGGCCAAUUUUCAAAAUACAUCACCAGAAAUCUCGCUACAUCUACGAUUUAUUCUAUCGGCGCAAAGCAAUCAGUCGCGAAUUAUACGAUUAUUGUCUCAAAGAAAAAAUUGCAGAUGCAAAUCUAAUUGCUAAAUGGAAAAAGUCUGGAUAUGAAAAUCUAUGCUGCUUGCGUUGCAUACAAACACGUGAUACAAACUUUGGCACAAAUUGCAUUUGCCGUGUGCCAAAAUCAAAACUGGAAGAAGGACGUAUUGUGGAAUGCGUACACUGUGGCUGCCGUGGUUGUUCGGGCUAGUUUAGGAAUAAACUACUUUAAUUUAUUUGUAUGAAGAUUUCAAGAUUUGUUAGCUAUUAGUACCUGUACAAAGCUAAAUGCACUGAACAGGUAAUUAUAGAAAAUAUUAAACGCAAGCACUAUCGA